GGCUCCUUCACCACCUACGUACCUAGCUAGCUAGCUAUUCAUGAAUUCUAACAGCAGCAGCAGCAUUACUCAGAUCACAAUGUGGUGGCCGUCCGUUGUGAUUGUGCUAUUGCUUCAGAUCUCCAACUUGGUUGUAUCACAGUCCAUCAUCAACACUCUUCCUGGUUUUACUGGCGAGCUUCCCUUCAAACUCGAAACUGGGUACAUUGGCGUUGGAGAGUUGGACGAGGUGCAGCUAUUUUACUACUUCAUCGAGUCUGAAAGGAGUCCUAAGGAUGACCCUCUUGUUCUUUGGCUCACCGGUGGUCCCGGUUGUUCUGGUUUUUCUACCCUCUUUUAUGAAAUGGGUCCUUUAUCUUUCAACUAUGCAAAUUCUAGUGGGAACAAACCAACAUUGGAAUUGAACCCCUACUCGUGGACAAAAGUUGCGAACAUAAUAUUUUUGGAUUCACCUGUCGGUACUGGAUUCUCAUAUGCAACAACUUGGGAGGCAUACAACGUCAACGACACAUUAUUAGCGGCACAAAUAUAUGAAUUUCUAAGAAAGUGGCUUUUGGCUCAUUCUAUGUUUCUCUCAAAUCCCCUCUAUAUUGGUGGUGAGUCUUAUUCUGGCAUACCCGUCCCGAUCAUUGCUCAAGAAGUUUUGAACGGUAACGAAAUUGGAAAUUUGCCACCAUUGAUUCUCAAAGGUUUUGUGCUAGGUAACCCACUUACACAUAGAAUUUAUGACGUGGCUGCAAGACUAAAAUUUGCUCACCGGAUGGCACUCAUAUCCGAUAGACUUUAUGAGAACAAUCAAUAUCUGUACUCCUACAUUUGGGCGAAUGAUAAAACAGUGCGAGAGGCUCUCCACAUUCGAGAGGGAACCAUAACAAAUUGGGAGAGAUGCAAUACGAGCUUAGCAUAUACAAUGAAUGUCAUAACGAGUAUUGAUUAUCAUCGAAACCUCACCAAGAAAGAUAUCCGAGCUCUGGUUUACAGUGGUGAUCACGACAUGGCAUUUCCAUAUGUAAGCACUGAAGAAUGGAUAGAAACUCUAGACUUGUCUAUAAAGGAUGACUGGAGACCUUGGUUUGUUGGCGGUCAAAUCGCAGGAUACGUCACCAUCUUUGCAGAGGAAAAGUACAGCUUGACAUUCACAACUAUAAAGGGUGGGGGUCACACUACACCAGAGUACAAGCCUAAGGAAUGUCUCGCCAUGAUUGAUAGAUGGUUUUCUUACUACUUCCUAUAGCACAUAUUAUCAAAUAGCUAAUUCUCUUUCCAAUUAGCUUGUUUUUAUCGAUGUAAUAUAUAGUUGCAGAACCUACAAACUGGAUGUGUUUUGUCAAUAAAUGGCUAGCUGCACUGUAACAGGCUGUACAAUGUUCUAAAGGUGAAUCGGGUCAGAUCUAUCUACGUGCAUAAACAUUGAAA